CGGCCGGUUACGACAGAGCCUGGGCGUGAACCCAGAGUCUCUGAUAGCACAGCUGGCACUGCAGUACAGCGCCCUUAAUCACCCGGGAGGCUGAGACAUGAUAUCUUAAAGGGGUACACUCACAUAUGAAAUAUUACAAGUUUUUAUUUUCUGAGUCUUAAUUAAAUAGGUGAAAUCUUUUGAUAAAGGAAUGUUGUUUGAUAUAGUAAAAAACACUUCUUUGGGGGGGUGGUAUGACUUAUGACCUCCAUUGUAACUUUCCUUUGUGGUCUGAUCAGCCUCAUUGGAAAGCCAUUUGGAUGGAGAAUCUAGGGUCAUUUGCAAUACUGAUAUUAAGGUAAUUUAAUACAAAAAGGCAUUGAUAUUUACAUUAUAGUGUCAUUAGAUUUUCUCUGAUGAAUGUGGUGUGAAAAUGAGCUAGGAUAAGUUUUAAUUAUGGUAGACUCAUGUUAAGUAUUUGGGACAUAUUUUGAGCCAACAGGGCUGGGAAGAAAUUGAGAUAUUUGUGUUUGGUUUUAACACCUGUGUAUAGGAGGGUGCCAGUGUACCUGUGUAAUGGGGGAGGGUGUCCAUAUGGGGAUUACAUGAUAACCAAUUUAGGACAGUUCUGGGAUUGGAGAAGAGGGUAUCCUUAGAGCAUAGGGGAUCCCACAAAGGUGGAUAGGUUUUCCAUGAUAUGGGGGAAACCUGGGAGCACUGUUGAACUCUGUAAAGGUGAUGACAUCCUCAAAACUAUUAAGCUCUCUGAUGCAGGCACUUACACCCUCGGACUACAAAGGACCGGGACAGACACGAUGGGUGUGUUUUCUAUUAAGGUGCUGCCAAAACCACAGAGGUCCCAGACGAACCAGAGCCAGACACACUCCUCUACCACCCCUGGACCGAGCCUGCCACCCACCACCACUGUGUCAAAUCCCAUUCAGGUAAUUAACAUUAGAGACUAUUCAGAUAUUGAUCAAUUAGGCACUGAGACUGGUUUUGAUGGUAGGGACAAUUUGUGGCUGUCUUAUAUGAGGUAUACAGCUAAGACCCUGAAAAGAAAGGACUGCAUUGUAUGUGGUCAUGCUAGACCUGUUCUGGCUACACACCCAUUUUCUAUAGGAGAAGGACAGGGGUGCUUGUGUAUUCUGAGAAGUUUUUACCAGGAUAAGCCCAAUUCAACCCUCUGUUCCUCUUUGAGGCUUGUGUUUCCUACAAUAUCUCCUCAUCGGGCCCCUUGGGGUGUUAAGGCAUAUGGGGGCAAUUACAGUUGCAUCACGGGUGCAGGUAGUGGCAUGGACUAUGGGAGAUUGCCUGAAGCUGAUUGCAGCAGUAACAUAACUAUUAAUGCCACUUGGCCAGUUGCAGGUCUAAACCAAACUAGUGGUCUGGCUGAUGUGUGGUGGAAAUGUGGACCCAAAAGAGUACUGAGACCCAUUCUUAGAGGAGACUGGCAAGGUACGUGUGCUCUGACCAGUUUGAUAAUUCCACUGACCAUUGUUGAUGUUACUGCUGAACAGCUGUUGGGUUCUGUAUCCAGGGGGCCUGAAACAUUCCAUCCCAUGGGAGACAUAGACGUAGUGCUCCAUGGACGGAGGAUGUAGUUGACAGCCUCCAGUAUUUAUGCUGCAGUAGUUUAUGUGUCUGGGGGCUAGGGUCAGUUUGUUAUAUCUGGAGUACUUCUCCUGUCCUAUUCGGUGUCCUGUGUGAAUCUAAGUGUGCGUUCUC